UGUUUAAGUUCAUAAUGAUGAAGACUACACAUUUUUAAUUUAAGAACAUUUAAUCAUUGUAUUGAAUUUAUUUUUUUUUAAAUUAUAUUAAAUUUACUUUAGGAAUCAUUGUAUAAGAAACACCGAGUAUUGACUCUAAAUAUAGGGUACAUAUAAGAUAUACCCUAUAAAUAAUUUUUAAACCACUGACAUAUUUGUUUUGUUUUUGUGAAUGUAUUGGUAUAUCAAUGAAAUUUUUUGUCAUUAAUCAUAAUAUUUUUGAGCAGAAUAAAUGCAUUCAACAAACCUGAGUUAUUACAAUAAUAAAUAAAAAUGUUGUUCAGAGUUUUUAUUUUUUGUAAAUACAAGUUUGAAGUACACAUAAAAACAAAAAUGUUGAUACCAAAGUUAACGUAAUACGACCAUUUAUCUCAGAGUUGUGUCAAGUUAAAAACUUAAAAUGUGUAGUCUUUCAAUGUUAUUGGUAUGGAAGUUCAAUUUCUUGCCAUACAGGAGUGGGGGUAACGAAAACUACAUCUGCCCUUAUUUACAUCAUAGUCCGCGCUCCAGUAUAUUCUUAUCUAUCUCAGUGACCAUGACUGAAAAACUGAUAACGAUUAACCGGCAUGGUCAAUAUGCGAGGAAGUAUUUGAAAUUGAAAACAUGUUUAGAUUUUAUAUAAUUUAAUUUUUUUGUACAUUUCACCUUCAUUGAAAACACGAGUAUACUAUUAUAUACCACCUUCUUACUUAUUUUGUCCUCUGACGUCGUUUUCCUAUAAAUAUCAUCGAUGGAGCAAGCUUUGUUUUCAGUUGUCACGGACAGACACAAUGGCAUACCAUUGACAAACGGACCCAGACUUGGGACGUUGAAACAUUCAAACUCUCAAGUUGAUACUCCGGCGUUCAUGUUUUACACUAAAUGUGGAAGUGUCCCAUACAUAUCGAGAGAAGUAUUCGAAAAAAUUUUGCCUGAUGAUCAGGCAUUAUUUAAUUUCCCAUUGCCGACAUGUCUGAGUUUCUACCAACCAUUGAAAGAGUUUAAUCACGGUCUCAAUGCGUUUGUUGGUCUUGAGAAGUACUUGUCGUGCUGCUCAAUAACUGACUGUGCUGUGGAUAACCUUCAAGGUUACAAUAAAAAAGAUAGUGUUGCUGUUAAAACUAAAAGCGGAAAUCAGUUAAUAAACUAUGAAAAAUACAUGGAUAUCAUAGAAGUAUUCAAACCCACUAUGUACGUUACCCUAAGCAUUUCAGAUAUUAAUUUGGAUAGUUCACCUUCAGCAAUUGAAAAGUCAGUCAACAUUACAAAUAGACUUUUUAAGAGUUGCUUGGAACGGCACCAUCAAUCAGAAAUAUUAAAACAAAGUUGUGUAAUUGCUCCAAUCCAAGGUGGUUAUAAUGUACAAGAAAGAAUUAGAUCAGCAACAUUUUUAUCAGAAUAUCAAAAUGAUGUAUUAGGAUUUCUAUUUGAUGGAUUUUUUACUGAUGGAAGUAUUGUUGAAGAAAUCCCUAGUGAUCUAAUUCUACCCAUCGUCAAUAAAACAAUGGAAUGUCUUCCAUAUGAUAAAAUGAAAAUCAUAUUUGGUGCCUGGACUCCUAGUUUAAUAAUUGAUUUUAUAAACAGUGGAGUAGACAUGUUUGAUUCAUCUUUCCCAUAUAUCACAACUGAACGCAAUUCGGCUUUAAUAUUUGAUUACAGUUUAAAAUAUAAAAAUGAAAUUAUUAUUAUGGACAUUCAUCAUAAUACAGAUGAAAAAACAGACAGUUCAAAUGACUAUGAAAUAUGUUUAACAGAUACAAGUAAUUUUGAGAAGUUUGUACCAAUAAAAGAUUCAUGUACGUGUUUGACCUGUAAAAAACAUACUCGAUCUUACAUUCAUCAUCUACUGGUCUCAAAUGAACUUCUAGGAUCUAUGUUAUUAACCAUACACAAUCUACAUUACUUUAAUAAAUUUUUCAAGGACAUUCGUGAAGUAUUGAAGAAAAAAUAAAAUAAAAUUCUAAUUUAUUUUGAUAAUUAUGUUUGUGUUUAUUGUACUUAUUACAUGUCUUGACAUAAUCCAUUUUUCUCAGUUUUUUUUUAUAACUUUUCUAUAUUUUUCAAAAUUGUAAUCAGUCUUAAAGAAUUAAUCAUAAUUUAAAUUGAAUUGAAUUGGUAAAAUAAGUAUUUAUU